CUCCGCGCACCCGGCGCUCCAGCGGGACAGUCCCACUCCUCCGGCGGCUCACACGGAUCACCCAAACCCGAAUCCUACAUCUAAUGGGAAAAUAAUUCAACUGGAAUUUUUUUUUUCCUCUAAUUUUUUUUGUAUGUGUGUGUUUAUAUGUGUGUGCGUGUUCUGCGUUCCUCUUUCCCGAGAUGGUUCCGAAGUUCGACCACAGAACCAUUUGCAGCUGGACAUGGACCUAUUUCUGAGCUGAUGUUGACAAAACCCCAAGCCUAAAGCAAGUCAGGCAAUCUAACCACAUUCCAACAGCAUCGACUGCAUCCCCAAACACGACUGUGCAGCGCUCUCGUCAAUUUGAGCCUGUUUAAUUUAGCUAACUAUGCAAAAUAACAAGCUACAAAGAGAGGGACUGAAUCAGACUUGCACAUGAUAAAUAAACGUGACACUCCAGUGAAUUAUUUGGCACAGCAGACCCGGAGUUCAACUUUCCAUCCACAGAAAUAACACAUUCUCACAAUCUUGGGAGAACCUUUGCCGGCUGUUUUCCAGCUCCAAACUCUGGAUUUCACCAUUGUUUAAAUUGAUCGCCCAGAUUUGAUUUUUUGGUGAAAUCAAAGGCAACUGCAGGAAAACACUUGAUUGAUAUUAAAGUGUUAUUCAGUGAUUCCUCUGUUGCGAUCAUGAAUCUUCAGGAAAAGCUGUCAGGCCUUAAAGGUCUGGUCACUCACUCCCACAGUAAGCGUCGCCAUAAAGGCGACCUCACGGUGGACAUGAUAAGCCCCCCUUUGGGUGACUUCCGCCACACCAUGCACGUUGGCCGGGGUGGGGAUGUGUUUGGGGACACGUCCUUCCUCAGCAACCACGGAGGGACGGCCAACGGGAACAACGCGGAGACGGAUUCCGUUUCCUCGCCCGACAACAAGAUAGGAGCGUUUUUCUCCAAGACGCUUCGGCAGAUCAGGAGAGGCUCUGACCAUCGACCCAGAGAGGGCUCAAAGGAUCUGUCCCCACCGCCUCCAGCCGUUUCCCCGAUCAUCAAAAAUGCCAUCUCUCUCCCACGGCUUGAUGUGGACAUGCCUAAUGGGAGUCCCACCACCAAAGUGCUCUUUCCCAGUUCUCAGAGCACACCAGAAGACAUGAAAAGCUCUUAUGGUCUGGAGUCCGGAUUCGUCACUUUGCCUCGCCUCUCGCGCUCUGAGCGUCAGCAGCCGUCUAUCUCCAUCCCCACCCCCUGCUCCAUGAACAUUCACCGUGGGUCUCUGACCGACCCCACCGAGGCCAUCUUGUCCACCUGCUCCGCCUCGGCCGUGACCUCUCCGCCCAAAGGCAGGGACGCCUUCUCCGAUUCCCUCCCCUCCCUCACCUCCCUGGACACCUUCACCUUUGACCUCGGGCCCUCUCUCAUGAGCGAGGUUUUCAGCUUGAUCGACGGCAACCCGGAGGAGCGAGUCCCCGCGUGGGAGGGAGAGGAGGCGGAGUCUGCGUGCGGGCUGACCAGCGACGGGUCAGAGAAGGGCUCGGCCACCAUCUCGUACGUGGAUUCUUUGCUGAGGGAGGACUGCGGGGGUGGGAGGAGUCCAUUUUCAGCUGAUUGCGAAGAGGAGGAGACAGGUGCGAUGGAAGUCAACAGAGUCAGGCUCUCUAGCAAAGUACCCGAUGUGUUACUGGGGUCUCCUGAACGGGUAGGGAUGAGAAUGGAGAGUGAGAGGUUCCAGAGUGCAGCGGAUGUGCUUGCACGCCACUAUGGCGUCAGCCCCUCAAAGGGACAGAUCAGGAUGGAGGCCGGAGAUUCAGGACUGGCGUUCACCAGUCAGCCAAAGAAGAAAAUGUCCUACAACUUUAUGGACGAUGAGGACGAAAUCAAAGUCUGAUCGGAGCAGGUUGAAGAAAGGACGAGAAAUAAACAAGAAACAUACUUUUCAUGUAUCAUUCCUUUGUAAUUCCAAUCAAAUUAAUAUUUCCGCAGCUUACAAGGUUAGUUCUGUUGACAGGACGGCCAGCAUGAACCCAGUGUCCUUAAUACUGGACAACUCCCCCUCUGUGCAAUUGUGCUCCCGGGAUGAACAGUUUUGGACGCAAACCUGCUUCUGAAUGUGUCCACAGGGAGAGAAAGAACCGUCUGCCCAGCACGGCAUGGAUUUUAAAACUGAAAAACAAAGAGGACGUGUGAGAGAAAGUUCCAGAAGGUUAUCUGAAGGGAAAUGCCAACGUUUCUCAAUGUGGAAGCUCCAAAGUCUGUAACUCACUUCUUCCUUUACACGCUUCCUCUUAUGGGAAGAGCACAAAUUCUCAUAGCGAGUCUACAUCACUACAAAGAAAAAGUGGGCGCUUGAUGAAUGGAACCGUGUUUCCACAUUUUGGCAUCGCUGCAAUCUAUUGUCAAUGUUUGACUCAGGAAUAUUUGACACGGGGUUAGAAAAAGGAAGAAAAAGCUAAACAUGGGAGAUCAGGAAUCUAGAAAAGCAGGAAAACAUGGCAGUGAAUACACUACAUGAGGGAGUAUAAGAAGUGGUAUUUGCUAGAGGCAACUAAAGCCUGAAUCAUAUAAUUGUUCAUUUUAUGCUGCAGACUUAUUUAGUUCAAAUGUGCACCUUUUUUAUUAUGAACUCCAACUCCUGUAUUGCUUUAUAUGGAAGAAUUUAUAAGUCCUUUUAAAUAACUGUACAUGAAAAUAUUAACUGACCUCCCAUAAAUAUGUACUUACCAUAUGAACACCUGAAGUAAGUACCAGUGAUAUACAGUGAUGAUAUGAACUGACAAUAAAGAUGUUUUAAUUAGCUGUGUAUUCAUUGAAAUUGAAAAUAUUCCGUCCAAACUCCUCAGAGACAUUGAGGUGGUGAGUUUUACCCCAAAAAACCCAGAGACUUUAGAAGAAAAUUUCCUUCAAAAACUGAAAAUCAAACCAAAUUCUACUAUUCAAAGUGUUUUU